GCAGAUAUGGUAUCCCCUAUCUUCCAAUGGAUGAAACCACCAUAUUGACGCCUAUUAAACUGGACCGGAAAAUAGAUACCAAUAAGGAGUUAAGAAAAACCAUGUCCGAGAAAUUGUUGCUGAUAAAAACAAAAUUACAAAGUAAACCUGAUCUGUCCUUCGAAGGAUUUUUAGCAGAUCUCAGUAUGUCAAAAGAAGAAUAUCUAACAAUAAUUCAACACAACAUAUUUAAGACAACAAUGUUCCUAAAGAGAAGACCCAAAGAUUGUUUCAUCAACAACUUCAAUGCAGAAAUGUUCAGUAUGAUGAGAAGUAAUAUGGAUAUUCAGCUAGUGUUUGAACCGUAUGGUUGUUGUACCUAUAUAGUCAACUAUAUAAAUAAAUCCCAAAGAGGUGUGUCAGAUUUACUCAUGAGAACAAUGGAAGCAAUUAAAAAAGGCAACCUGGACAUCAAAGGUAAAUUAAACACAAUGGCGUCAGUUUUUUUAAAUGCUAGUGAAGUGAGUGCUCAAGAAGCGGCCUAUUGUGUGCUUCAGAUUCCCCUGCAUGAAACAUCCAGUGGAUAUAUUUACAUUCCUACUAACCCAAUAAAGGAAAGAACAAAGCUAUUAAAAUCCAUAGCAGAACUAAAAGAAAUGCCCGAUGAUGACACCAAUAUCUAUUGUGAUGGUUUGAUUGAACAUUAUGAACAGAGACCAAACGAACUUGAAAAUAUUUGCUUGGCAGAAUUGGCCGCCUAUUAUCAAUUCUCCAAAAAGGAAGAACAAUCAAAAAAAGCAACCAUAUUUCCAUUGAAAGAUGGGAGCGGAAUCUUAGUUAAAAGAAGUCAUCCUAAAAUCAUAUCCUAUCGACGUUAUGGACUACAACAGGACCCUAUAAACUAUUACCGAGAACAGAUCAUGUUAUAUGUUCCAUGGAGAAAUGAAGUAGAUGAAGUUGAAAAUGUUGAUCAGCAAAUAAAAUAUGUUGACCGAUAUGCUGAAAUAGUUGAAAAUAGACGGAAAUUUAAUGUUUUAGAUGAGAAAAUAUUAGAAGAGGCAUUGCAAUGUGCCCAAGAUAGAACAGAUGACCUCAUUAAUAAUGGCUUUGAGGGCAAUAUCGACAAUGAAUACAUGGCAUAUGCGAUAGAUAAUCCCGAUUAUAAUCCAUUUGAUGGCAUUGAUAGAAACCAAAAUGAAGCACCUGUGAAACAUAUGGCAUUUCCCACCCCUUAUCAAAUUCCAGACUCAGAGUAUGUGGAACUUAUAAGCAAACUAAACCAGAAACAAUAUGAGUUCCUAAAUAUUGUACAAGACCAGUUAAUUGAAAAACAACCAUUUUAUUGCGUACUUAGUGGACCAGCUGGUACAGGAAAAAGUCACCUAAUAACAGCCAUAACUCAAACAUUGUUAAGACAUUACAAUUCAAUUCCUGGAAAUAAUCCUGAAGGUAUCAAAGUUUUACUUGCUGCACCAACAGGCAAAGCAGCAUUUAACAUUGGCGGAAUAACUCUACAUUCUGCUCUGUCCUUACCAGUUAAUCAAUACGAUGAUGACUUGAUUCCCUUAAGCCAUGAAACAGUCAACACAAUCUAUUCUGCCUUAUGUGAACUUAAACUAAUCAUAAUUGACGAGUAUUCCAUGGUUGGUGCCAAAAUGUUUGGACAUGUAAACAGCAGAUUGCAGCAAAUCUUCAAAUCUGAUGAAGCAUUUGGAAACAUUCCCAUUGUCAUGUGUGGCGACAGUCGUCAACUACCACCAGUAGGAGAUUCCUUUUUAUUUUUGCCAUCAAAGAGGAAUCCCUACAAGGAAAUCUGUGGCACUUAUUUAUGGGACCUUUUUAAGUACUUUGAAUUAACCGAGAUUAUGAGACAAAGUAACGAUAAAUCAUUUGCCAUCGCCUUAAAUAAUAUGGCAUGUGGUGCGAUGACUGACGACGAUGUGAAGUUAAUUAAGUCGAGAGAGGUUCCUACUGACUUCCAAAUCCCAGAAGACACCAUCCAUUUAUUCAGCUACAAUAGUGAUGUGGAUGCAUACAAUAACAAAAAAUUGUCUACAUAUAACACAGAGCGGUCGGUGAGUGAAGCCAAAGAUGUAGUUAAAGGUAGUUGCUCUGAAAAACUAAAAACAUUAUUUUUGGAGCAUGCGAAAGAUUUAAAAAAAUCUGAGAGUUUUGGCUUGAUGUUGACUUUAAUCCUACAAGUGGAUGCAAAAUAUAUGAUCUCUCUUAACAUAGAUACCAAGGACGGUUUAGUCAAUGGUGCAACAGGUGCCCUUCGAAAAAUUGAAUAUGAUCACAAUCAGAUUCCAAAUAGAGUGUGGAUAGAAUUUUUCGAUAAAAAAACUGGCAUAGAUUGUCAAAACAAACAUAAAGCCCACAUGGAAGCCCACAACAUACCGACCACUUAAACACCAAUACUAAAAACUGCAAGAGCGAUCAAAAUCCAAAAAGGGAGUAACGUCCACGUCGAAAGGCUACAGUUUCCACUUCUCAUCAGUGAGGGAAUCACCAUCCAUAAGAGUCAAGGUGCUACCUAUGAACAAGUGGCUGUUCAUAUAAGUAAACGAAUGUCCAGAAGCAGCGUGUAUGUUGCUUGCAGCCGAGUUACCAAACUUAGUGGAUUGUACAUCAUUGGACAAUUCAAGGCUCCAAGACCACCGACCGACAAAGAUGUUGCUUUCAAGGAACUCAAAAAUUUGCAGAUUAAUAAGCUCCUAAUAUCCAGGUAUGAGAACCAAUUUGUCAAAGAUGUUCAUGUUAAAAACGUCAUUGCUUAUCAAAAUGUACAAAGCUUAUCAAAAAAUCUCAAAUUUAUAAAAAACAAUCCGAUCUUUAAAGAUGCACAUUUGUUAUUUUUUGUUGAGACUUGGUUACACAAAAACAAUACUACUAAUAUAGAAAUAAAUGGUUUUGAAUGUUUUGCAAAUUUAUUCAGUAAUGAAAAUGUAAGCAAACCUUUUGGCAUAAUUUGUUAUAAGAAAAAAGAUUUAGCUGCAAAAAUAAGUUCAAUAAAUAAGUACACUAAAAAUUUCUCUGGAAUAGUUUUUCAAGCUGUAACAUUUCUUUUAAAUGAUAUUUUCGUUAUGGUAGUAUACAAUCCUCCAAAAUUAACAAUUUUACAAGCCCAACGUUGUUUAAGUGACAUUAUUUUUGGUCAGCAAGGACGGAUAUUAAUUAUUGGUGAUUUUAAUCAAGACAUAAUAAAUGAGACACAAAAUGGCCUUAAAAUGACUUUGAAUUUCAAAGGUUUAACAUCUAAACUUAGUGUAGAUGAAUCUACUACAAAAUCUAAUACUCAAAUUCAUUGGCUUUUCAGUAACUUUAAAAAUUUACAACAUUUUAUAUAUAAUACCGUUUAUAGUCAUCAUAAAGCCAUAGUGGUUAGUAUUUAUGAUAAAGAUUUUAUUCCAACAUUACCAAAAACUGUUAAUGAGUCUAAAAAAGUAUCUCAAAAAUUACACUUUAAUGUUAAGAAUACUAAUAAUAAUAAUCAAUAUUUAGCAACCCAAGCAUCCUUACAGGAAGAUGAAGAAAGUAUUAAUAAUGAUGAUGGCAUUAUUUUAAGUUCUGAUGAUGAGAGUAUCCCUAAUGUUUAUAGCACACCACCUUCAUUGAUGAAUAGAGAUAAUGUUUCGUGUUAUGCUAAUAGUGUUUUACAGUCACUUUUAUGUUUACCAGAAAUUCGUAAUUCAAUUUCAAAGCGAAACACCAACAUUAACUCUAGGAUUCAUGACAUUAUGCUAAAGAGAACAAAUUCUGCAAUGGCAGUGCGACAAUUACUAGGAGGCAUAUUCCUACAGCAAGAGCAACAAGACGCUGAAGAAUUCUGUAGAAAAUUAUUGAGAAAAUUGGACGUAGACGAUGUUCAAAUCUACAUUAAUGCUCGAGCCCAUCUGGAUGUAAAACAUUGUGAAAACUGCAACAUUAAUGAAUAUGGAACUAACGAUAUGGUCAGUAUAUAUAUAGCAUAUUUUCCGGAAAACUGUGGAAAUAAUAUAAAUUUUGAAUUGAUGUUUAUCCCUAGACAAAGUGAAUUAAUAUGUCAAAAUUGUAGUAAUCAUUUAACAACAUUCUCCAAACUUACUUUUGUUUCUAAAUAUUUAGUUUUACAACUUCAAAGGUCUCAGAUUAUAAAUGGUCGUUCAGUUAAAAUAAAUACCACCUUCUCAAAUUUUAAUAAUCAAAAUGUAGUUUUAGAUAAUUUCAGAUUUAAGGUGAAGUGUGUUAUCAAGCAUCAUGGUCAAGAGAUUACUUCUGGCCAUUAUACAUCUGUGGUCAACAUUAAUAAUCAAUGGUGGAAUUGUGAUGAUAAUAAUAUAGGUAAAGUAUCUAAUUUUGAUGACACAUUAAAAGAUGUCUAUUUGAUGAUAUUAGAAUUAAUUACAAACUAAGAUAAUUAACAAACGCUUAUAUUUUUUUAAUUUACAUAUUUUCAUUUUUUGCUUCUUUUACAUUAAAAGAAUUAAACAAAAUUAUAUGCAAGCAUUUCAUAAUUUUUAAUAGACAAUGUUCAUGAUAAAAUAAUAGAUACUUUGAAUAGAAUUUUUUCUAUACUGUAUUUAUCAAUUUAUUAUC